UCUGAGCCACCGGAGGCGCCUGCUCUGUCAUUGAACUCAUACCAAUUAGGCAUCUACUGUGUGCCUGGCACUGGGUUUGAGGCUUUUGCUUCUGUAGGGGUGGAAAAGUUUUCUUUCUAGGUUUCUUGGCUGGUCUAAAUAACUGAACUGAAAUAAGACAGAUUAAUACAUUUACAGGAGCCCCUUAAAAAACUCUGAGGCUCAAAAGCACUCAGGCAUUUAAGGCUUAUACGCUCCCCUGGCCUAAGGAGAAGGGGGUAGGGAUCUGGGGCUUCAAGGAGGACAAAGACAACCCAUAGGAGGAUGGGAAGAGCAAGUGCCUGAUGAACAAAUGUUUGCUCCUCCAGGCAGGUACGUUUUCCUGAAAUUAGAAGUUCUCUCUGGUGAUAGCUCUCUUCCUGGCAUAGGCAGUAUAAUCUACAUUAUUUUGAGCAUUUAAGGGAGAGGCAAGGAGCUUCUCCUGAGUCUGCUGGGUCUUAAUCAUCUUUAGCUCAAAACAGUCCACUCGCCAAAAGAGCACAUUUAGGGGAGAUAAAAAAAAAAACAAACCACUCUCCCUCAGUUCUAUUCAAGCAACGCUUCCAAUUACUUUGAAACAUAUUAAAUGCUUGAUUUAUGUUUGAAAACCAAAGCUCAGAGGUGGAGAACUUGGCCCAUGUGUCCUUGUACUACCUGUCCCUCAUCACUCCAUUGCUCCGUGGAAUUGGACUCCCAGGGCCAAGGGUUGAUAGAUAUUCUUGAUGACAUUGUGUCUUGUUUUCUCAGCAGACCGUUAACGUCCUCAACUCCCAUCUAGGAUGCUGCGUCAGUAUGUUCGCCAGUUUCAUCACGGGCUGGUCCGCAGGCGGUCACUGGGGCCCCGGGAGGAGUCUGAGAGUCACAGAGCUCCUCCGAGCACCCUCGACCUGGUGAUCUUGGGUGUGGGCAGGACUCUGGAGGCCGGCGUGUACGUUCUGAUUGGUGUCAUGACCCUGCUCAUAGCUGGACCAGCGAUCAUCAUCUCCUUUUUGGUGGUUGCCCUGUCUUCUGUGUUGUCUGGACUCUGCUAUGCCGAACUUUGGGCUUGGGUACCACGCUCUGGUUCUGUGUAUCUCUACAGCUACGUCACCAUGGGAGAACUCUGCGCCUUCGUCAUUGGCUGGAACCGCUUACUGUAUUUAGUGGCUGGUGAGAUGAUGGGGAGAGGGAUAGAACUUUCUCCACACAUGCCCUCUUUCCUGGCUCCGUACCCAGACUUCAUUGCCCUGGGCCUGGUGCUGCUGAUGACUGGACUAUUGGUUCUGGGAGCUCGUGUGACAACCCUGAUUUUCAAAGUGUCCACAGGCUUGAACCUUUCUGUUCCCAUCUUCAUGAUCCUCUCUGGCUUCAUUAAGGGAGACCUGCACAACUGGCAGCUCACAGAACAGGACUACAGAUCAAAUACAUCCAGAUCCAGCAGCACUUUUAGCUUGGGCCCUCUGGGUUCUGGAGGGUUUGUGCCGUUUGGCUUUGAAGGGAUUCUCCAAGGAGCAGCUAUACUUUUCAUCUCAUAUUUUGGUGUUCAUGGCAUGGUCAUUGCAGGGAAGGAAGCCGCAAAUCCUCAGCGUUCCAUCCCCUUGAGCAUGGUGAUCUCCAUCUUCAUCGGCUUUCUGGCGUACUCUGGAGUUUCAGCGGCGCUCACCCUCAUGGUGCCCUACUACCAGAUUUACCCUUUCAGCCCCUUACCACAGGCUUUCCUCCAGGUCGGAUGGGACCCGGCUGCAUAUGUCAUGACUAUUGUCUUACUGUGUACCCUUUUAUACAGCUUCCUAUGCGCCAUGGUCUCCAUGUUUCAGUUGACCUGCGCAAUGACAGCUGACGGGCUCCUUUUCCGAGUUCUUGCCCAGAUCCACACCCGUACUGGCACCCCUAUCAUGGCCAUCUUGGCUUCUGGAACUCUUACAGGGUUCACGGCAUCACUCCUCAGGAUCCUCGAUCUGGUGAAACUCAUGUCAGCCGGGAUCCUGCCUGCUUACACCCUUGUAGCAGUUUCUGUGCUUGUCCUCAGGUACCAGCCAGACCAGAAUUUAAGCAAGAAGGGGAAAACAGAGAAGGAAAAUGAGACUUCUGAUCUUGAAGCAAGUCCUUCAGAACCUGUACCUGAAGCAGGACCUUUAAGGAUUCUAAAGAGUCUGUGGUUCCCUACCAGCACUACCCCCACCCAGAUAUCUGGUCAGAUUGUCUAUGGAUGUGCCUCUCUGCUUGUUCUCCUCCUGUCAAUCCUGAGCCUGAUCCUGGCCCAGUGGCCCAGCCAGGUGUUCUCUGAAGACCCUGGGCUCUCAACAGUGGCUGUGCUGCUGCUGCUGCUCAUCACUGGGGUCAUGGUCAUCAUCUGGAGGCAGCCCCAGAGCCCCUCUCCUCUUCUGUUCAGGGUCCCUGCUCUGCCUGUCCUCCUACCGCUGAGCAUCUUUGUGAACAUUUACUUGAUGAUGCAGAUAACCUCUGAGACCUGGAUCUUAUUUGGCAUCUGGAUGGCAAUUGGAUCUGUCAUAUAUUUAGGAUAUGGGAUCCGACACAGCCUGGCAGGGAACAGUCAUCAACAGCCACGCCUCCACCUCCCAGACUCUGGAUUAAAACAUCCCCAGUGCUGAAUCUGCCUAACCCAAGGAAAUUGAUGCUAUGUGGAAUCCCUCCAUUCCCUGGAGGUAUCUUCUGGUUUAAGGGGCACUUUGAGCCUCUGUGAAAUGUGAACAUGCGAUGCAUUUAUAGUUCUGUAUUUAUUGCCAUUGGAUGUUGUAUAUAUUUAAAGCAAACUUUUAAAAGCAUAAUAGACAUACUUAAAAGUACAUGCUUUCUAAGUGUGUAGCAAAAGGAAUUUUUCACAACAAAAUUACCACAGUGUAGCCAGUAAUCAGAGGAAGAAAUAAAAUAUGAACCAGACAUGUGAGAAACAACUUCUUGUGACUCUUCCCAGCAAGAACACAGAGACUGCCAUUUAGGAAGGAAACACAGGUAACUACGUAUUUUGUCAAGACUUACACUUUAAACAUUACAACACAAACAGACUGGAAGUAAAUGUGCAA